GGACAGAACAAAGUUUUCCUAAUAUAAGCGAAAGUGACAAACCAAUUAAAUUGCAGCUCACAAGCGAAAUUCGAUUGCAUCGUGACAUUUGAGCUACAAUAUUUGUUUGGUUCGACCUGUCAAACGACACAGUUUGUUAUCAUUCGAUCUAGCAACCCGGGCGACGUUCCUUUCCAGUGCUCACAUGGUUGGAGAGAAUCGCUCACAACUGUCGUGACUCGGUCGGAGAGCGAGAACCAUUUUAGUGAAAGAAAAACCAAACCAUCCGAAAAUGCGACCCGAAACCGAUUGGAUUGAAGUGGAACGUAAAGACUACUAGCAGCGGAUCCAGCCACAUACUGCACACACACAAAGCGAAGAGGAGCAGCAAACCAACCAGCAGCAGCAUUAAUCCAGGAAGUGUCUCGGUAGCAAACAUUUUAUACGCGGUCGCCAAGAAGAAAAGGCAGACACACAUUCUACUGCGGUCUCCUAUCAAGGGGGAAAACGGUUCUGUGUGAAAGUUGUGUGAAAAUAGGCAGGCAGAGGAACCCCCGCCCUGGCCCCUGGUGUGUAGUGUGUAGUGUAAACCCCCCUCGUAAAAAAGGCAACCUGGCCUGUGUUCUCCUGCCAUCCCGAGAAUUGAUUUUUCUUCCUCCUGUUCCAGAAUUGGGUCCCGUUUUGCACCUCGGGAACGGUCGCGCGCGGUGUGUUCCCCCUUUUGCUACUCGAACGCAGGAUGGAUCUGUGGAAAAUUGCCUUUUCCUAAAGGGCGACACAGAAGAAGAAGAAGGAGAAGAAAGUGUAAAAGUGAAGCCCUUUUCUUAAAAAAAAAACUUUUAAACUGUGUGCAACACCGAUGAAAGCUUUUCCAAGUUUUUCCUCGUCUUGCCUUUGCGCGGUGUGUAGAGUGUAAAGCCAAAACGCGUGUGAGAGUUCGUUCGAGAGCACGGUCCCCACCGUCGACGGAACCGCCCCGGGGUGGGGUGGGAACGAGUGAAGGGGUGGGUAGUGCGGAUCGAUUGCCAAAGGAUUAACACACACACGCAGCAGGAGGAGGAGGAGCAGGGGGAGGGUGAUCCCGAUUCGGACGCAAAAACGGAGCACUUUUCCAGUGCCCGGCAGGUGCAGAAACAGCAGCCGCAGCCUCAGCAGGAGUCCUGUCCGGAGUGCUGUUAUGCCUUGUUACGUCUGAAUCAAAAUAUUUACCCGAACAUCUCCGGUGGCUUGCAGUCCUGCUUCGGGCGAACAGACCGAACGGGAACGGAACCAUUCGGAACGGUAUCGGCGGACAACCUCCUCCUGGUGGGCCCAACGGAAUAUCACCACCAUCAUCGGAACCUCGAUCCCAGCUAUCACGAACAAGCAGCAGCGGCGGCAGCAGCAGCAGGAGCAACCAGAAAAAGAUCCACCAAUCAAUCGUCGCACUGUACCAUCUACCACCCCGCAUUUACCACCAGAAUCACCCCCAGCACCGCCAUGGACGAGAACGAGGUGAUGGCAGCGUACCUGUGGAGCAAACAGUCCCAGGAUCUGUACGCUAGCCACGGCCUGAAAGACCUACACCACCUGCACCAGGAUUUCAUCAUCAACGACUACACCGACAAGAUCGCCACCAACAUCGAUCUGUUGGAUACGGAAUUGAAGUUUGCCUGGGCCGCCCUGAAUCUGCUCAACGAGGAGUACACCCGGAUGUCGGAGAAAGUGUUCAAGCUGCAGUCGUUGAACGUUUCGCAGCAGCGAAUCGUGCAGAAUCUGCAGUUCAUGGAGGAGAAUCGAAAGGCGUAUCUCGAUAUGAUACCGGACUACGCCCGGCACCACGAAUAUUCACUGCAGGAGCAGUCUAGGUUGCGUGAAGAUCUCCAAUAUCGAGAUUGCAUCAACGAAGCGUACAUAAAUAGUAUGCAUCAGCAGCAGCAGCAUUAUUUUAAUCAAGCUGCUCCACCACCCUAUCCGUACGACCUAGGACAAUACGACCCGGCAGAGGAGAUGGCUGCGUAUGACGCACAGCAAGAGUACUGGUUGAUGCGACGAAAUCUCUCCAACAUCCCAGAAGUUCUGCAAGAGCAGAACGGUAACGGGCAUCAACCUCCACUGGAGUCGUACGGAGCUAUGGCGGCACGAUAUCAACAUGAUGCCGCGCGAAUGUCAACGAACCCCUUCCUGUCGAGCGUAGAAGCCGAAGGAGGUAUUCUGAGAGAGAUCGCACCAGCCGAUAAUGCGGCACUGAUUGAACAGCAGCUGCGGGCUUCCUUUUUGAACCAUGCCAAACAGAUGGAACUGGAGUACGGUUCACCGUUGAUUAAGCAGCGAGCAGUUCAGCGUAUUGAGAAGAUGAGCAACGGAGAUAUUAAGGAGAUGAUGACGAAGGUGAUGGACGAGGAGGACGUGGCUUCGAUGAGUAGCGAAGAGGUGGAAAAGGUGCGGCAUUUUAUGGCGAAGAACUGUGCCGAUUUGAGGGAAGUUUUCGCGGAAGAGUUUUCACCGCUGGCCAAGGACGGUAGUAAUAAGUUAGGUGGAGGAGCGAGUCCUAGGAAUAAGUACAGUCACCUGCCGGAUGCGGAGGGAAUUGCUUCGUUAACGAAUGAUGAUCUUUUGACGGUGGAGGAUGGAACGAUCAUUAUUCAGGACAAUGCGGGUCCGCUGGGGAGUAACGAAUUUAAGCUCAAUCUCGCAGGUGCCGGGUUCCCCCCCGUGAAUGGCGUUGGAGGAGGUGCGUCACCGAAGAACCUAUCGGAGUUUUCACCGUUCGGUCUGCAGAAGUGUUUGACGAAAGAUGCCGGUUUGAGGGACGAGAACGUGCGGAGAAAGUCAAGCUUUGCGGAAUUGAUGGGUGGUAAGCCGAGUGCGGAUAGCUCGCUAACUUACACGAAUCAGAAUGGUGAAUCGGAGUCCAUCUUUAGUCAAAGUUUUAAGGAAGCUGUCGAGGCGAAAUUGGCCGGGCAGGCUGUUCAAAUAGCUGGGAAUAUGAUGGGUUUGGCUGAAUCAGUGCCACCUUUCCCGUCGGGUUCCGCUAUUAAAGCAAAUAUCAGUGAAGCUUUAGAGGCGGCUUCCGCCGAGCCUAGAAGGCCGAGCAUAGCGGAAGCUGCUGAAAUUAGAAGAGUUAGUAUUACCGAAUCUUUGUUAUCGACGUUAGCUAGAAAAUCAAGUAUAACUGUAACUUCCGAAAUAUCGCGAAAAACGAGCAUUACGGAAACGUUCGAACAGCCGCUGUUCGCGACUAUUCCUCGUAGGCUAAGCGCAACCGAACAGUUGGAAGCACCGUCAGCUUUCCAUCCGGUUGUUAGAAAAUCUAGUAUUAAGGAACCGGCAUCGAGUCCUCCGAUGUUUACUCCGCUGCCAGGUCAAACUUCGAUCACCGACACGCCGGAGAUGCAGGCUAUCUACGAAUCGUUAUCGCGGAAGUCCAGUAUCCCAACGCUCGGAGAUGGAAGUUUCUUCCCAUCGCUGGACAUUACCGACUCUGGGUUCGCCGAGUGCACCGAUGGGAUGGGCCUGUUUCCAACCAUUCCUCUGAUGUUGUCCUCGAGUGAGGCCCCUGUCAGUCUACCGGACUUUUCAACCAUGUCGACCCUGUCGAACGCACCGGAAACGUCGGAAGCGUCUUCGUUCCUACACCUAUCGAUGAACUCGUCCGGUAUUAGCGAAGCUUCCGACAGCCUAACACUUCCGGUGCCCGCAACCGAAACUACAACAUCUGCCAUCUCAGGUCAACUGACCAACACUGCAGCCAUAUCAAAGGAAGUCCUCCAGCCACUGGAAAAAAUAUCCACCUUACCACCCAUAUCAGCUGCUCCGGCAACGAUGGCCGCUCUGGCGGACAGUAAACCAAUAGCUCAAGCCACGGCACCUCCGGUGACGACUGCCAUCGUCUCGACAACAGCUACGCUAUCUGCCGUUAGGCCAACAAUUGCUGCUCCGGGGACUAGUACCGCUGUAACCGUUCCGGCACCUAAACCGGUUCAAAAACCAGUUUCGCCGCAACCGCAGCAACAGCAACAACUGCAACAACAACAACAACAACAACAACAACAGCCACCACAACAAGAUCCCAAGGCCGGCUUCUUCCAGACAUCCACGGCAAACACCAAACUCUUCGGUGGUUUCUUCAACAAAGUCAACAAAAACCUUACCCACCAGGACAGCACCGACAGUCUGAUCAGUACCAAAUCGAAGGCAUUCUUUGCCACAAUGAAAAGCUCCUUUUCGCUGGAUUCCUCUAAGCAAUCGCUAGACGAAGGUAGCCCGCAACAGCAACUUGAGCUACAACAGCAACAACAGGCCGACCAGUCAAUGCCGGCCCAGCCAGAGGACAUUCAGUCGCCUCUGUCGUCCGCCAGCGCGGCGGGUCAGGUGGUACCGGCGACGCCAGAAGAAAACACCACUACUUCACCCCAAUCCCCAGCAGACGUAGGACAGACCCAGUUUCAGCAACAAUUACAGCAACAAAAUACACCAUCGCAAGAACAGUCACAGCAGCUGUACUCGCCGGAGGACCAACAACAGCAGCAGCAACAACAACAACAACAGUUAACGAACGAAGCAACUACGGAGUUUCCUACCCUUAAUGGUAGCACAACGAUAGCCAACGCACAAGAGAUGACGGAAGGAGAACCACAGGUGGAUGAGGAUGCACCGAAACCGACCCAUCGGAAGCAGAGUCUGUUUCGGUCGCAGGGAAGUGAAGACGGCGAAGGCGGUAGCAAGUGGAAGCUUCUGAAGACGCUGAAGGAGAAGCGAAUCGAGGAAAAACAGAAGGUGGCGGAUAGUGACGAAACGGUUGAUGAGAAUGGGAUUUUUAAGAAGGUCGACGUUGCGAAACCCGAGGAAGUUGAGAAACGGAAUGGAGUUUCGGAUAGUGGACGCGGAAAUGGAAUGGGAGACAAUACCUUCUACAGCAACAUCGACAGUAUGCCGGAUAUUCGACCACGGCGGAAGUCGAUACCGUUGGUGUCGGAGCUGACAAUGGCAGCUACGAAGCGACAGGCUGGUCUGACUUCGGCCGUCCCUCGAGCGACGUUGAACGACGAAGAACUGAAAAUGCACGUCUACAAGAAGGCCCUCCAAGCGUUGAUCUACCCGAUUUCGUCGACAACCCCACACAACUUCGUACUGUGGACGGCAACUUCCCCGACCUACUGCUACGAGUGCGAAGGACUGCUGUGGGGUAUCGCCCGUCAGGGUGUGAGGUGUACGGAAUGUGCCGUUAAGUGCCACGAAAAGUGCAAAGAUCUACUGAACGCGGAUUGUUUGCAGAUGUGCUUCGCGGGAGCGUCGGAGAAGAGCUCCAAACAUGGUGCUGCCGAGGACAAGGCCAACUCCGUGAUCGCGGCUAUGAAGGAACGCAUGAAGCAACGAGAGCGCGAUCGGCCGGAGAUCUUUGAAGUUAUCAUGAAAGUGUUCAACGUGGAGGAGAAGAGUCACGCAGGUCACAUGAAGGCGAUCAAGCAGAGCGUCCUGGACGGUACGAGCAAGUGGUCGGCCAAGAUCGCCAUCACCGUCAUCUGUGCGCAAGGUUUGAUUGCGAAGGAUAAGAGCGGAACAAGCGAUCCGUACGUCACCGUCCAGGUUAGCAAGGUGAAGAAGCGAACGCGUACGAUGCCGCAGGAGCUGAACCCGGUGUGGAACGAGAAGUUUAACUUCGAGUGCCACAACUCCUCCGAUCGUAUCAAGGUACGCGUCUGGGACGAGGAUAACGAUCUGAAGUCAAAGCUGAGGCAGAAGCUAACGCGCGAAUCCGACGACUUCCUGGGGCAGACAAUCAUCGAGGUGCGGACGCUGUCGGGCGAGAUGGACGUGUGGUACAAUCUGGAGAAGCGAACGGACAAAUCGGCCGUCUCGGGCGCUAUCCGGUUGCACAUCUCCGUCGAGAUCAAGGGCGAGGAGAAGGUGGCACCAUAUCACGUACAAUAUACCUGCCUGCACGAGAACGUCUUUCACUAUCUGUGCGAGGAAGCCUUGGGAACGGUUAAUCUACCGCAGACGAAGGGAGACGACGGGUGGAAGAUCUACUUCGACGAAACGCCGGAGGAGAUCGUGGACGAAUUUGCCAUGCGGUACGGCAUCGAGAACAUCUACCAAGCGAUGACGCACUUCCAUUGCCUAUCGACCAAGUACCUGUGCGCGGGCGUCCCGGCAGUGAUGAGUACCUUACUAGCAAACAUUAACGCUUACUACGCACACACGACUGCUUCGAGCGCUGUAUCGGCCAGUGAUCGCUUCGCAGCUAGCAACUUUGGAAAAGAAAAAUUCGUUAAACUACUGGACCAAUUGCACAAUUCUCUCCGUAUCGAUCUAUCAAUGUAUCGCAACAACUUCCCCGCUUCCAGCCAAGAGAAACUGAUGGAUCUGAAGUCCACGGUUGAUCUACUAACCAGUAUUACAUUUUUCCGCAUGAAGGUACAAGAACUGUCCAGCCCACCUAGAGCCAGCACCGUAGUCAAGGACUGCGUGAAGGCUUGUCUACGCUCAACCUAUCAGUUUCUGUUCGAGAACUGCUACGAGUUGUACAAUCGAGAAUUUCAGGUCGACCCGAACGAGGCAAAGCGCGAGGGUGAAGACCACGGACCAAAGCUAGAGAACGUUGACUUUUGGCACAAACUAAUCGCACUUAUCGUUUCGGUUAUAGAAGAGGAUAAAAAUAGUUAUAGCGCAGUACUUAAUCAAUUCCCGCAGGAGCUUAACAUAGGACAGGUAUCUGCCGCCACGAUGUGGAGCCUGUUCGCCAUCGAUAUGAAGUACGCCCUGGAGGAGCACGAACAGCACCGGCUGUGCAAAUCGUCCGCCUACAUGAACCUGCACUUCAAGGUCAAGUGGCUGUAUACGAACUACGUCAAGGAGGUCCCACCGUACAAAGGCGCCGUGCCCGAGUAUCCUGCCUGGUUCGAGCCGUUCGUGAUGCAGUGGCUCAACGAGAACGACGACGUCUCUCUGGAGUAUCUGCACGGAGCCUUCAAGCGGGAUAAGAAGGAUGGGUUCGUAAAGAGUAGCGAACACGCGCUGUUCUCCAACUCAGUCGUGGAUGUUUUCACGCAGUUAACGCAGUGCUUCGAUGUAGUUAGUAAAUUGGACUGCCCGGAUCCGGAGAUCUGGAAGCGGUACAUGCGUCGUUUCGCCAAAACCAUCGUUAAGGUGCUGCUAGCUUACGUAGAUAUAGUGAAAGCCGAAUUCCCCGAUAUCAUGCACGAGGAGAGGACGGCUUGUAUUCUAAUGAACAAUAUCCAACAACUUCGGGUCCAAUUGGAGAAAAUGUUCGAUUCGAUGGGUGGCGACAAACUGGAGGAAGAUGCCGCCAACAUCCUGAAGGAACUGCAACAGAAUCUAAACACCGCGUUGGACGAUUUGGCAACGCAGUUCGCCAAGAGCUUGGAACCCCGAAUAACCGGUAGUGUUCGAGAGCUGGGCGAUCUGCUGCAGCAGGUCAAACAGCAAACCUCGCUCUUCCACGCCCCACCGGCCGACGAUGCCGCGAUGAUUGCGAUGGAGGCUGACGAAGUGCUGCGGCCGCUGAUGGAUCUGCUGGACGGAUCGCUUUCCAUGUAUGCACAGUCCUGCGAAAAGACGGUACUGAAGCGGCUGCUCAAGGAACUGUGGAAGAUUGUCAUCCGGACGUUGGAAAAGACAAUCGUGCUUCCGCCGAUGGCGGAUAGAGCGAUGGUCUUCAAACAUCUCACCGACAACGCCAAGAACCUGGCGGCUAACGCGAAGAUCGAGGACAUGUCUCGGCUAAUUAAGAACCACAUGGCGGGUAAACCGGACGCCAAAAAUGUGCUCAGCGGAGUCAUGGAUAUCUCCAAGGAGAUCGAGAAAAAUCUAUCGCCGAAGCAGUGCGCAGUUCUCGAGGUUGCACUGGACACCAUCCAGCAGUACUUCCACGCCGGAGGCAACGGGCUGAAGAAGCCGUUCCUGGAGAAAUCGUCCGAACUGCAGAGUCUGAAGUAUGCGCUCAGUUUGUACACGCAAACAACCGACACGCUGAUCAAAUCGUUCGUCUCCGGUCAGGGCGCUUCGGAAGAAGGAGGAAUCAGCAGUGACGACGCUUCGGUGGGUGAGGUUUCGAUCCAGAUCGACGUCUCGUCCAAUCCGGAGAACGGCGAACAGAAGGUUUCCGUCAAAGUAAUCGCUGCCAACGACCUGAAAUGGACCGUCCCGUCCGGCAUGUUCCGACCGUUCAUCGAGGUAAACCUGAUCGGGCCGCAUCUGCACGACCGGAAGCGCAAGUUUGCCACCAAGUCCAAGUCGAACAACUGGUCGCCGAAGUACAACGAAACGUUCCAUUUCAUAAUCGGAAACGAGGAGCAGCUGGAAUUUUUCGAGCUACACAUCUGCGUCAAGGAUUACUGCUUCGCCCGAGAGGAUCGUCUGGUCGGUGUCGCUAUUCUGAAGCUAAAGGAUGUCGUCGAUCAGGUAGGAAGCGGUGAUAGACGGUUUUGGUUUGUAGGUUUGUGCGAGAUGUAUGAACGAGAGUGUGAAUUACGGAAGAAUACCAUUUGGGGGGUGGGAAAAGCGAUUUUUUUCUACAGGUUUGAGGAACAGUUGACAGUUGGAAAGUUUUGGAAUCCAGUUUCAGUUACUUCUCAAGCUGGUUCUAUGUAAGUACCUUAUUAAAACUUAAUACAACUAUUUUU